AUGGCGACGGCAUCGAUGACGGCCAACAGCGGCUUUCCCUUCUACCAGCCGCAGGACCCACGUACAGCUCAUUGGUACUUUUUGGGCAACAAGACGCUGAUAACGCUCCUGAUCGUCUCCUACGUCUACAUCGUUAAAGUGGGUGGCCCGCGUUUCAUGAAGAACCGCAAGCCGUACGACGGGAUCAAGCCACUCAUCAUCCUCUACAACGCCUUCAUGGUGGUUGGCAAUGCUUACUACGUCUACGCCUUCUUCACGGCCGCGUACAUCCGCAAAGGAUACAGUCCCAUCUGCCAGGGCAUAGACUUCAACGCCCGGGACGAAGACUCCAUGGCUCUACUAAGUCUUGGUUGGUCGUACUCGAUGUUCAGGAUACUCGACUUUCUGGACACCAUCUUCUUCGUGCUGCGCAAGAAGGAUUCGCACGUGUCCUUGCUGCACGUCGUGCAUCACAGUGUGGUCGUCUUCAAUGGGUGGUUCGGAAUAGUUCACGGUGCGGAAGGCCAGGGGAUAGCCUGCGUCAUGGUAAACGCGUUCGUGCACGUGGUGAUGUACACGUACUACUUUCUCAGCUCUCUGGGACCCCCGAUGCAGAAGUACUUGUGGUGGAAGCGCUACAUUACGCUGCUGCAACUUACGCAGUUCGUGGUUCUCUUUGUGCACAUGAUGCCGCUCUUCUUCAACUGCAACUACCCUAGGGUGCACACGUACGUUUCCAUGGCAGAAGCUAUUUUCUUCUUCAGCCUGUUUAUGAACUUCUACGUCAAAACCUACCGGGCGAAGAAGGUGCGCGUAACGAAGAAAUCUGUGGUCAAUGGCAAGAUUCUUUGA